AUGCGCUUUCGCCGGCCAAGGUGGCUCUGCGGUGGCAGCAGCACCAAAAGUAAGGCGAGGAAGCGCUAUCUCCAGACGAAGGUGCACAAGUUCAAGUAUGGCGGCCCGGCAGUCAAGGGGGACUGCUACCCCCUCUUUGAGGAUGGCCGAUGCUACCGGGUGGAGGUGGACAAGCGCAAGUGGUUCCUCUACAACGACACAUUAGAUAUGGAAAUGCACAUCAUCUUCACCUUCCAUAAGACAACUGCCGUGUACAAAACAGCGCAUGGACGGACGAAGGUGAGGACGACACCCGCCGGUGGGACGGAGUGCACUGUCGUCGUCUAUCCGCUGGAGACGCUGCCGUAUGUGAAAUUUGCCGAGAAGACGCAGAUCAUGUACAGCGCUACGAGGACAUCUCGCGGCCUGGACCCGAAUUACAUUGAGAGGAUCAACCGCGAGGCGAAGGCGAAGUGCCUGAGCGAGACACAAAAGGUGGCCGGCGUGGCUGGGGUGAGCCACGAUGAGGAGGAGCUCCUGUACAGGUGCAGGAAGAGUAAUAUCCCAUACGUUGACAUGAGUUUCCAUCCGUCACAGGCGUCUUUGCAGCGACCUCACGACAAGAACAGCGUGGCGAACAUGACCUCCAUCACGUGGAGGCGGCCAAAAGACUACAUACCGGCGAUGGCGCACAAGGAGAUCAAACUGUUCCGCCACGGCGUGGACGCUGACGACAUUGAGCAGGGUCACCUCGGUGACUGCUGGCUUAUGUGCUCCAUUGCGGUCGUGGCGGAGAGCAAGACGAUGGUCAAGGACAUCUUCCGCCACCCUGUCUCCAGGUCGAAGCGCUUGAAGGAAGAGCAGGCGGGUGGCUACCGCGUGUACCUGAACAAGAACGGUUGGUUCUGCAACGUCAUUGUCGACAGUUACCUGCCGACGUACAACGGAGUUGUGUACUUUGCCCGCUCCGCCGGAGACCCGUACGAGUUGUGGGUGUCGCUGCUGGAGAAGGCGUACGCCAAAAUCCACGGCUCGUAUGCGUCCAUUAUCGGCGGCAAUCCCCUGCACGCCCUUCAGGAUUUGACGGGGUUCCCGGUGUACGCCUUCACAAAGACGUGGAGGGCGGCAGCGAAUGAGGAAGAGGUCGCAUCGCAGUUCUUCAAGGACCUGUUGCGCUACCGAAAAAGUGGCUAUCUUAUCUCCAUCAGCACUCCAGGCAAGGACACGAGCGCAUACAACGUUGACAGCAGGACUUCGAACGAGGCAUCGCUCGAGGCGCGCUACAAGGCGGCGGGGCUGAGCACCGGCCACUCCUACUCGGUGCUCAAGGUGCGCCAGUUUCUUAUCCCGCGAGUGAAGCUGCUGAAGAUUCGAAACCCGUGGGGCACCGGUGACGAGUGGACCGGCGCGUGGGGCAAGAACAGCGACAAGUGGCAGAAGCACUUGCUGGUGCGCCGGUCCUGCAAGCCGAGCAAGGUGAGUGACGGCACCUUCUGGAUGGAGUGGAGGGACGCGGUGCGGUUCUUCGAGGGUGGCGGGGUGUGUAUGGUGAAGAAGUCCUGGUUUCAGUACCGCUUCCCCGGCAGCUUCGUUGGCAUCAUUCCCUCCGUGGUGCUCAGGAUCGAACUCAAGAAGAGGCAGAAGGUUUUCUUCACCUUAUCCCAGAAAGACCGCCGCCUGCGGAGUCCCGGGGACCCGGAGGAGCUGUACAAGGGGCUGCUCAUCUGCGUAACGGGGCGCAACGCAGAGAAGGACACACAGCAGAUUGUGGCUCUUAGCACCGAGAACCCUGAGGUGCAUCCGCCCGAUCGGUACGAGUACAUUAUUGCCCGUGACGUUGGGCUCGAGCUCGAGCUUGACCCCGCGCAAUCUCCGCUCUACGUCAUUCCGCGCAUUAUGGUGGCGAACCGCAAUGGCCCGAAGGAUUUCACGUUGAGCAUGCUGACUCCCAACAAGUCGACUGCGAGCGGCCUGCGGGUGUCGUUUGUGCGCCUGCCCGACACGUGCCCGACGUUCCGCAACGUGGUUUCCUUCAAGAUGGACGGGGAGAAAGCGGAACAUGUGCAGUUUCAGUACAAGAAGCGCGGCGGCGCUCCACGCAUGAAGUCCGGCAUCACCGUCUUUGAGGCCACUAACGUGAAGGAGAAGUACCCCUUCCCCUGCUGA